AUGUCUAAAAGGGAUCAUUAUUCAUUCUUCCCGAAACCACUGCACGCCGAAGAGACGGAUGGUACUUACGGAGAAGACAUGAUCUCGUUCAAAAACAAGAAGCAAAAAUUAACUAAUAGUGAUGAAAUUAUUAGAAUUAUUAUUGUUGAUUUUUCAAAUUCUAUUCAUCGUGAUGAAGAUGACAGUGAAAAUUCCAAUCACAUACGAAGAUUGGAAUUAUUACUGAAAAAUAAAUUUUCAUUACAACAAAUAGGAAAGAAGAAAUGGCUUCAGAAUCGAGAAUUGAAAUAUUAUGAAUUCUUUCCAGUGGAGUUUAUGAAUGAUAAAGCAUUUGCGUUGAACCAUAUUAAAAAGUAUGGUUAUGGAUUAGAAAAUACAUCACCUACACUUCAACAAGAUAGAGAUUUUGUGUUGCAAGCGCUUCAAUACCAGAGAAUAGAAUUGCGAUGUGUGAGUGACACCUUUUCAAAUGACAAACAAGUAGUAUUAGCAGUGGUUACUCAGGAGGCAGAAGCAUUUGAAGAUGCCUCUAACGAGCUUCGAAAUGACAAGAACUUUGUGCUGGAAGUACUUCAAAAGAAUGGUAAUGCAUUGCUGUUUAUUGGACCCACUCUUGUUUCAGAUAGAGAGGUUGCUUUAGCUGCCGUGAAGAACAAUGGUGAAGCAUUAAUGUGUUUUCAGCAUGGCCCUUUCAAAGACGACAAGGAAAUAAUUUUUGAAGCACUGAAACAGAAUAACCAGGCACUUAGAUGGGUAUCAAAGAAUUUACUUGAAGAUCAAAAUUUCAUAUUACAAGUUUUGAAAUUAUUAGCUUUUCCAGAGCUCACUACGUUUGAUUAUUCAAACAAGGAAAUGAUGCUCAAAGCUAUCCAAGAAUUUGGAUUUUUACUCAAAUAUGCCAGUGCUGAGCUCAAAAGUGAUCGAGAUAUUGUCUUGAAUGCAGUAAGGAAAGAUGGUAGAGCUCUUGAAUUUGCCUGUGAUGAAUUGAAGAAGGACCGAGAAGUCGUAUUUCACGCUGUUCAACAAAAUGGCCACACAUUUCGAUUUGCCUCUGCAGAGUUAAGGGGUGACAGAGAAAUUGCCUUGACUGCUGUAAAGUGUACUGGUUAUGCUCUUGAAUUUGCAUCCACAGAGUUACAGAACGACAAGGAAGUAGUAUUAACUGCUGUUCGUCGUAAUGCUGGUGCUCUGGUAAACGCAUCAUCUGACAUGAGAAGUGAUAAGGAAAUUUUAUUAGAAGCAAUCAAACAUGAUGCAUACGCUUUACAAUAUUCGUCUCAUAUUCUUAGAAGGGACAAGGAAUUUUUAUUACAAGCUGCGCAACACGGAUGUAACCGAAUUCUAAGAUGGCCACCAAUAGAUAUACGUUCAGACAGGGAAUUUGCACUAAAAGUAGUCAAAUGCAACGGCCUCUGUCUAGCAUUCUCGGAUGUGGAGAAAAUUUGGUCUGAUAAAACCCUACAACUAGAAGCAGUGAAGAACAAUGGGUAUGUAUUGCAUGCAAGAGAAGAAUUCCAGAAAGAUCCAGAGCUUGUAAUGGAAGCUCUCAAAAGCAAUGGCUAUGUUUUAGAGUACAGCGAUGAAUUAUAUCGAACACGAAUGGAAUGUUGUUACUUUGGAGCGUUUUUAGGCAAAACUGAGUGA